AUGAGUUUUUUCAUCGGUGGCACGCCUACACCGGCCCCUGCGCAAUGGAUGGAUACAUCUGAAACCCACGAAAUCAAACUGCGCAUACCAGGGUCUAUUCCGCGCGUUGUGAUUAUCUGGGUCAUUCAGCAUGACGGAGAAUUGCAUGUUGUCGGCGCCAGGGACAGCGGUUGGGUCGAGAUGAUCGGGCAAGGCAGCCCCGUAGAAAUGCGAUUAGGCGAGCGCACCUACGCGCUCAACGCAACCCUGCUGAGCGGUGGCUGGGAGCCUGUUCUGAAUGCCUAUGUAGAUAAGUACCGGCCCGAUUAUCCAGAGAUCGUGGAUGGCUUCCCGCCCAUUGAAGAAGCACAGGAUUCAAUUGAUACUCUCCCCCAAGCGGGUGACGCCAUUCUGCUGCAGGGCAGUUUUGAUCCGAAGAUCAAAACUUACAUGCUCCUCCAGUUUCUUUUCGUUCUAGUGAUCACUCUGUUUGGCAUCCUGCUCAUACCUCUGGUCUUGUGGGCGAUUAACAAGCACUUCAAUGCGCUGUCAUGCGAGAUGACCGAAAAAUUUCUCAAGGUCCGCAAGGGCGUGCUGGUGAAAACAGAGAAAAAUGUCCCGCUGGAACAAAUUACUGAUCUGGGCAUCGUUGAGGGGCCACUGAUGCGUUACCUCGGCAUCAAACAGCUUUCAGUGGAAACAGCCGGGCAGUCUUCAACUGGCCCACUGGUUAAAUUGUUAGGUGUCAUCGAUGCAGAAUCUUUUCGAGAUCAGGUGCUGCAACAACGGGACAAACUGAGAAAGACGGUACAUUCAGAUACACCACUUGGCGCAUCUGCAGAAGACGAGACCCAGCUGCAGAUACUGGCGGCAGAUAUUUCCGUGACCAUGAAUGGCGCACCCGGCAGCGGGAUACUCGUCUUUCAAGUUUACGAUUCAGCCAGUGCAUUUGGUGAUUUUCGUGAUCCCGCAAAAGAAUUGCGCACACCUGUUCGCUCAGACGCCACUUAUCUUAUUGAGAAUGUGCCGGCAGGAGAGGUCGCGGUACUGGUUUAUGUUGAUGAGAACGAAAACGGCCUCAUCGACAAAAACUUCAUCGGCAUCCCUAAAGAGCCCCUGGGCAUUUCAAACAACUACCGUCCGAAAGGACCACCGUCAUUUGAUCGCGCCAAACUCAACAUCGCUGAGAAUGAAACAACAGACAUCGAUAUUGAGAUUUACAAAGUACUGGGCGAGCGCGGGCGUAUUGGUGUUGGUGUUGGCGUCAUCGGGCGAAGCAGUCCGUACGUAGGAUCCGAUACUACUGUUCUGAACCCGAUUCCAGCGAUUACCUACAACGGCGAGCGUCUGCAGUGGCUGGGCCCCAACGUACAGUACGGCAUACUGGGUACCGGGCGUUGGCGUCUUGCUGCGUCCGCCUCUUAUCGUAUUGGGGUUUUUGAGGAAGACGAUAGUCCAGCGCUUGCCGGCAUGGGGGAUCGUGACAACACCCUUAUGGCUGGCAUUGGGUUGCGCUACGAGCUGCCUGGGGGUGUAAACCUAUCCAUGCAAUACGAACAUGAUGUGCUCGAUAAAAUCGGCGGCGGCAGUGCAACGGCGCGCGUCUCCAAAGGCUUUCAGACAGGCUGGUUGCGUCUUGUCCCCCAGCUGCAGGUGAAUUGGCUCAGUGAUGAACUCACCAAUUACGAUUUUGGUGUAACCGCGCGCGCUGCCACACUCACACGCCCGGCAUACAACACAGGCAGUUCAGUCAGCUACGAAUUAGGAUUUGGUACCUUUAUUGAGCUCACUGAAGAAUGGCGCAUUGUGGUGAACGUAGCUGCUGAGUUUCUGCCUGACAGAAUUACCGACAGCCCUAUCGUUGCCGACGAUCAUGUGAUCAAAGGCUUCGCCGCCAUUACUUACGUAUUCUGA